AUGACCAACAUGAGCUGGAGCUUCCUUACGCGGCUGCUGGAGGAGAUCCACAAUCAUUCCACCUUCGUGGGCAAAGUGUGGCUCACUGUGCUAGUGGUCUUCCGAAUUGUGCUAACGGCUGUGGGUGGCGAGUCCAUCUAUUCGGAUGAGCAAUCCAAGUUCACCUGUAACACACGGCAGCCGGGCUGUGACAAUGUUUGCUACGAUGCCUUUGCACCCCUGUCACACGUGCGCUUCUGGGUCUUCCAAAUCGUGGUCAUCUCCACCCCUUCUGUCAUGUACCUGGGCUAUGCAGUCCACCGCCUGGCGCGCGCCUCGGAGCAGGAGCGCAGACGCGCCCUCCGUCGUCGCCCCGGCCCUCGGCGGGUGCCCCGGGCUCAGCUGCCACCUCCGCCUCCUGGCUGGCCGGACACCACCGAUCUGGGAGAGGCGGAGCCCAUGCUGGCGCUGGAGGACGAGGAGGACGAUGAGCCGGGGGCGCCCGAGGGUCAGGGGGAAGACACGGAGGAGGAGCGCGCAGAGGAUGUGGCUGCCAAGGGGGGUGGAGGUGAUAGCAAAACGGUGGUCACUCCCGGACCGGCCGGGCAGCACGACGGGCGACGACGCAUCCAGAGGGAGGGCUUGAUGCGUGUGUACGUGGCCCAGCUGGUGGUAAGGGCGGCUUUCGAGGUGGCCUUUCUGGUGGGCCAGUACCUGUUGUAUGGCUUCGAGGUGCCGCCCUUCUUUGCCUGCAGCCGCCAGCCUUGCCCGCACGUGGUGGACUGCUUCGUGUCGCGGCCAACCGAGAAGACGGUCUUCCUGCUGGUCAUGUAUGUGGUUAGCUGCCUAUGCCUGCUGCUCAACCUCUGUGAGAUGGCGCACCUGGGCCUCGGCAGUGCGCAGGACGCUGUACGCGGUCGUCGGGGAACCUCAGCACCGGGUCCAGGCCCCGUGCCGCGCCCACCUCCCUGCGCUUUUCCGUCUGCGGUCGCCGGCCUGGCUUGUCCUCCGGAAUACAGCCUGGUGGUGCGCGCGGCUGAGCGGGCGCGCGCGCACGACCAGAAUUUGGCUAACCUGGCCCUGCAGGCACUGCGCGAUGGGGCGGCGGCGGCGGUGGCCGCUGAUCGGGACAGCCCUCCGUGUUCAGGACUCAAUGCAACCUCUCGGGGGGCACCCAGGGCGGGCGGCCCAGCUUCCGGAACCGGUAGUGCCACGUCGGGGGGCACCGUUGGGGAGCAGGGCCGACCCGGGGCUCAGGAACAGCUGGUCACUAAGCCCAGGGCGGGCUCUGAGAAGGGCAGUACAGGCAGCAGGGAUGGCAAGGCCACUGUGUGGAUCUGAGGGCACUGGGGAGAGCUCAGGGAGGGCCUAGCAUGAGGGUUCAAUGGAAAUCUUUGUCUUCAACCAGUGGCCACUGACAGAUCCCUUUAGGGGUCUUUAGAAGAGGAAGCUGAAGACCCCUAAGAGGUGCUGGCUCAGGUACCUCCCCGCAGGAUGGGAAGAGGAGUCCAGCGACUUGUCUGUGGCCCCUGGUGGGGGAGCGAGCUGUGUCCCAGUAACUGACUGCCCCUCCAGGCUAUUAAACAGGAUGACCCCUCCGCUGGGCCCCCAGCGCUUUCUUCUAGGCUCUCCUGCAGCUUCCCCAUAGAAUAGAGUAACUGGCUUCUCCUUUGGGGGACUGUGUUUAUUCUCACUGCAACAGCAGGUGGGUUCCUCAGCCCUGACAAAGUCAGAAAACUCUCAGGUCAGGGACAAGCACGCAGCCUUGGUCUUCUCCCAGCUCUUGACUCCCUGCUUGAGGCAACUAAGUAAGACCUGAAGGAGACCUGGGCUGAGUACUGUCUCCUCUCCCUGAGCUGAGGCAGCCAGGCAUGGGCCGUUUCUAGGACAUUCUGGAAGUUCUGUUGUGCCUUGCUGCUUAGAUCCAUAAGGCUGUGGUCCAGAGCUGUGUUUUUGGCCAUGCUGGAAAAUUAGAGCUCUGGGGAGCCUAGACCCGUCUUUUGUGCCCUCCUCCCUGUUUUAAAGCCAACUUCUGGAACAAACGAAGUAAAAUAAAACUAACUUUUGUUUAUA